CGAUGAAUCCUGAUUGCAGUGCAGAUCACCUCGGAUUAAGGGCGUGGGUUCCACUGCCGAGAAUCCACAGGCUUCGUGGGACGUGGACAAUUAUGAUAGGUGCCGUUAGGUCCUAAUGGGCAACCGGGCGCUUGUGAUGCCCGGAGCGGCACAACCACUGUCUAUGUCCGCAUUGGAAUCCGCAACUCCGACACAACAAUGACUCGCGAAGAUGACUUCGUCGAUCGUCCACACCUGGACUACAAGAUAUACAUGCCUGUCCUCGUGGCAAGCUGGCCAAUGGAGAGCAGCCUCUUCACGACGAUAGCUCUCGUCGUAGGCAUUGCUGUGCCGUCCUACCUGGUUGUCUCCUCAAUCUACUAUGCCUACUUCCACCCGCUGGCGAACGUCCCAGGGCCAAAGCUCUAUAGUCUCACCAGUUUGCCGUACCUUUACCAUGUUGCACGAGGAGAUUGGCACGAAACUCUGCGGGUCUUCCACAACCGUUACGGGCCCGUCGUCAGGUUUACCCGAGAGGAUGUCUCUUUCAUAUCAUCCGACGCCGUCAAAGAGAUCUUUGGCCACAAGUCCGGCAAAGAACAAACGUUCGAGAAGGAUACUGUUCGAUUCUAUACCCCCACGGAGCAUCCCAAUAUCAUUAACGGGAACAAUGAAGAGCACAAGAGGAUGCGGCGUCUGUUGUCGCACGCUUUCUCCGAGAAGGCACUGCGGAAACAGGAGGAUAUCAUGAAACACUAUGUUGACCUCUUCAUCGACAAGUUGAGGAUCAAGGCGGGGGAAGGCACCGUUGUUGACAUCGUCCGGUGGUACAAUUUUGCUACGUUCGACCUCAUCGGAGACCUGGCUUUCGGCGAACCAUUUGGCUGUCUGCAAACGGGUGGCUAUCAUCCCUGGGUAAAAAUGAUCUUCGAGAGCAUUAAGGUAUUGGCAAUUAGCCAGAUCAUUCGUCGUCUCAACCUUGAUACUUUGAUUCCUCUGCUCAGCCCGCCAUCACUCAAGCGCAGCGCCAAGCAGCACCGUCAACUGAGCCAGAACACCGCAUUGAAACGACUGCAGUCCAAGGACACAGAGCGAGAGGACUUCAUGUCUUACAUUCUUCGUCAUAACGACAAUGAAAAGGGCAUGACGACGGGCGAGAUAGUUGAGAAUUCGGUAAUCUUGAUUGUUGCUGGAAGCGAAACUACAGCGACCCUUCUAAGCGGGACCACGUACUACCUCUUAACUCACCCUGAUGUAUACGACAAGGUAGUGCAGGAGAUUCGUUCCGCUUUCCAGUCGGAAGACGAGAUUACCAUACUUAGACUCAACCAGCUUCAGUACAUGCUCGCGGUCUUCACUGAGGCCUUCCGCAUGUACCCUCCGGUUCCAACCCAUCUUCCGAGAAUGAGCCCGGCCGGUGGUGAAUUCAUCGGUGGCUACUGGAUACCUGAAGGAACAUCUGUGUCUGUGCCUCAAUGGUCAGCGUACAGGAGUGAGGUCAACUUCCGUGACCCAGAUAUCUUCGUCCCAGAGCGCUGGCUUGAUGAUGCUCGCUAUAGCGAGGAUAACAAAGCCGUUCUUCAGCCGUUCUCCGUUGGACCCCGCAACUGCAUCGGCAAGAAUCUGGCCUAUGCCGAAAUGCGAAUGAUAUUGGCGCGCUUGCUCUGGAAGUUCGAUCUCGAGAUGAUGCCCGGCGGCGAGAACUGGAACGACCAGAAGGUCUUCGUGCUGUGGGAGAAGAGCAACCUUGAUGUGAAACUGACCGAAGUUAUCCGAGACUAA